GGAGGAGGCCGGCGGCGGCGAAGGAGGAGAAGGCCCUCGGGAGGAAAAGCUGAGGUUUCUCGUAGUUGGGAUCCCCCUCCCAAAAACAACCUUCGGAAGGACUGAGCAGACCUUUCCUGGGAACCCAUGAACGGCUGGGACAGAGUACCAUAAUGACAGAAGAAGCUUGCCGGACGCGAAGUCAGAAGCGAGCCCUCGAGCGGGAGAUCACCCAGAACGACGUGGACUGCAAGAAGAUGAAGAUGGACAAGGGGCUCCUGGGGGCCCCCGAGGCCAACACGGAAGGGGGAGACCUCAAGGUGAAGAGCGAACCCACAUCUGGGAGAGUCCAGGGAUUGUUAAAAGGAGGGGAGAUGAAAGCCACGAUCAAAGUGGAGGUGCAGACGGGAGACGAGCCGGUGGACAUGAGCACCUCAAAAAGCGACAUCAAGCGAGAGAGGAGGGUCCCUUCGCCCGAUGUAAUAGUACUAUCGGACAACGAGCCAUCGAGCCCAAGAAUGAAUGGAUUGACGAAAAUCCCGUUAAAGGAGACCAGCACAGAGGUGCUGAUGAAGAGCAGCCCCGAGGAGCGGGAGCAGAUGAUCAAGCAGCUGAAGGAGGAGCUACGGUUAGAGGAGGCGAAACUCGUCCUGCUGAAGAAACUGCGGCAGAGUCAGAUACAGAAGGAGACGACGGCUCAGAAGCCCACUGGCUCCUCAGGAAAUGCCGUGGCGACUCCUCCACCGCUGGUGCGAGGGACGCAGAGCAUCACCUCCAGCAAGUCAGCCCUCCUCCAGAAUUCCUCACGUAUUCCUGGGACUGUUAUUCCUCCCCCGUUGAUCCGCGGAGGACAGCAGGCAUCUUCGAAGCUGGGCUCUCAGCAGAACACGCAGAUAGUCAUGCCUCCUCUGGUGAGAGGAGCACAGCCCAUCUCUGUGUCUCCCCAGCAAAUCCACAACAUCCGCCAGCACUCCAGCUCGGGGCCCCCUCCCCUGCUCCUGGCCCCGCGGGCGUCCGUCCCCAGCGUGCAGAUCCAGGGCCAGCGCAUCAUUCAGCAGGGCCUCAUCCGCGUCGCCAACGUCCCCAACGCAAGCCUCCUGGUCAACAUCCCACAGGCCUCGCCAACUUCGCUCAAAGGUACGGCCGUGACGGCAGCCCAGGUGAACGCAGCAGCCACUGCCACCAGUGUAGCUUCCAUCAUCAACUCCAAUGACUCCCCCGCCAGCCGCCAAGCGGCCGCCAAGCUGGCGCUGCGGAAGCAGCUGGAGAAGACGCUGCUGGAGAUCCCUCCACCCAAGCCGCCGGCCCCCGAGAUGAACUUCCUGCCCAGCGCGGCCAACAACGAGUUCAUCUACCUGGUGGGCUUGGAGGAGGUGGUGCAGAACCUCCUGGAAGCUCAAGGCAAGGUUUCUGCUGCCCCUUCCUCUCAGGACCCCUACACGUGCGUCCAGUGCAAGACGGACUUCACCUGCCGGUGGCGGGAGGAGAAGAGCGGCUCCAUCAUGUGCGAGACAUGCAUGUCCUCGAACCAGAAGAAGGCGCUGAAAGCCGAGCACACCAGCCGGCUGAAGGCCGCCUUCGUCAAGGCCCUCCAGCAGGAGCAGGAGAUUGAGCAGCGGAUACUGCAGCAGGCAGCCUCCCCCGUCCAGACCAAACCCGAGCAGAUCGCACAGCAGCAUCACUCGCUCAAGCAGGCCUCCAGCCAGCUUCCCCGCAGCGCCAGCACCCCCCGCGGAGUGUUGCAUGCAUUUAGCCCGUCGCCCAAGUUGCAGAACGCCGCCUCCAGUGUGGCCGUGCUUGGCGGCAGGCAAGGUAAGCGUGCUCAGAGACCCGUCGGCAAAGGAAGUGCUUGCUCUUGGAAGAAGACUCUCGUCAACGCAGGUGGGACGCUGAACUUUGUCAACCCUAGUCUCGCUGUGCAUAAAACCGCCGCCUCGGCCGUGGACCGCCAGCGCGAGUACCUCCUGGACAUGAUCCCCCCGCGAUCCAUCUCUCAGUCUGCCACGUGGAAAUAACGCAGGAACCUCCGCCUUGAGUGGAAGACUUCUCCCUUUUUCUUCUCGCCCCCCCCCCCCGUUUCCCCACCCACCCUCCCCC